AUGAUUGUUAGUUUUCUGUUUGUCUUUGGUCACUUUGGGCACAUGUUUUUUUAUAAUUAUUUGGGACAAAAAGUGAUUGAUCAUAGCAGCGAUGUUUUUCAUAGAAUAUACAACGUGCAAUGGUAUGUAGCUCCGUUAAAGACGCAGAAAUUAUUACUGCUUAUGAUGCAAAGAAGUAUGCGACAUUGCACAAUUGUUGUUAAUGGUUUAUUCAUUCCAUCGUUUGAGGGAUUUGUCACGGUAAAAUUUGGGCUUUAUAUUAUUUAG